AUGUCCGCGUUUCUUACGUUGUCCCUGGCGUGCGAGAGGGGUAAGCGAUACCGACUUGUCCGACCUCUCGGAACACCAGUACGCAACAAGGCCUCCAACGUGUGGUUAGCGAUAGACGAUCCUAGACCUGAUGCUGAGUACAUUAUGAAAAUACCGCCUGGAGACAGCAACGACAGUCCGUGGUCCAGUACUGCUCUCGCUGCUUCCAAGCAUGAAUUGGAGAUGCAACGUCUGUUUGCAAAGGAUCCUAUAAUUCGCCCAUUCACGGACUCGCUCUGGGAUGCUCGGGAUUCUAGGCCCUUUACUACGAAUGAAAUCAAGUGGAUUAUGAAGGGGGUACUCCUUGGUAUUUAUACGGUCCAUUUUAAAGGACUGGUUUAUACAGCAAAUCUCACAUGCUUUAUAAUUAGCAAACCAUCCACCAGAGAGAUCACCCCCCUCACAUAUCGAAGUCCCGAGAGCACAGAUGUGUGGUCCUGGGGGAUAAUAUUUCUCCAGGCCCAGGUGGACCUCAAAUCACCUGGAAUGUAUGAUUCAGUCCGAACUGGGACGUUGAGGGAGAAGCGAGAUGAUAUUCGUAAUCAACUCGCAGUUGACUUUGACUUGUCAUCGCUACCAUUCUAUGCUGAGGACGAACAAUGCGCCCGGAUCCUGCCUAUACCACAACCAGAAACGGCAUACAUGUGGGCAAACACCAUGGUAGAGAAGGGCGUUUCGCAUGAGGAUAUCCAAAUUUUGGUGGAGGUUCUGCACCCAGAUCCAAAUGCGCGCCUUACGGUGCGUGAGAUCCUCGAAAGUGGAUAUCUGGACGGCUAA